AUGAGUUCUCUCCCGCAAACAAUCGCUUUCUUCGGGGCCAGCGGCGGAGUCGGCUUAUCCGCCCUCAAACAUAGCUUGGCAUCAGGCAUACAAUGCACUGCCCUAUGCAGAACUCCUUCAAAGCUUGAAGCUCUUCUCACACAAGAGUCUGCUCCGAAUUUAAAGAUCAUUCAAGGUGAUGCACAUGACAUCAACGCAGUCACCCAAUGUAUCCGCAACCUGGAUGGCAAUCUUGUCGACAUGAUCAUCACCACCAUCGGCAGUCGACCAGUCAUGCCAACGAUGAAAAUUGAGGAUCCAAAUUGUUGCCGCAAUGGCGCUGCAGCUUUGACAGAGGCAAUCUCUCAGCUGAGAAGCAAAGGGGCCACCGGUCACCCCCACAUCGUGCUCUUCAGUACUACUGGGAUUUCGCGAUACGGGCGCGACUAUCCUCUGAUCUUGUAUCCCAUCUACAAAUGGUUACUAAAAGAGGCACACGAAGACAAGAAGAUCACCGAGGAUCGAUUCAUUGGGAGCGGAGAGACCUUCACGAUAAUUCAUGGAAGUCUUCUCACCAAUGGUGAAACGCAGAAGGAAAUUCAGGUUGGCAUCGAGGAUCCUCAGACUGGUCGGGAGUCUGCGGCAAUUGGAUACUUUAUCUCGCGUGAGGACUCUGGAAAAUGGAUUGCAAACAACCUCAUCAAGCAUAACGCAGACAAGUAUAUCAACAAGAUCGUCAUGAUUACUACGUGA